AUGGAAGAUUGGUCUUCGCUCAAACGGAAUGGUGUGGAGUUGGGUCAAAAGACGCUUUUCACCACCGUCAAGGAUGAUAGAGUUUCCCUAUCUGAAGGAUACAUCCCAUUACUUGUGAACCUUACCGUUGAAGACAAGGCAGCCAAAGGUUUGCGGAAGCACAAAGGUGGCAAUACGAGAGAGGAGGCAGUCUACGUCUCUGCGUUCGAAGCCGUGCGAGACAAUCAGUUCUUACUUCUCACUGGCAAAAGUGGUUCAGGAAAGACGACAUUCGCAGAGUACCUGGUAUUUGGACAUGCCACUGGUAUCUUCCAGAGGGACAGGGACGCUAUUCUUCGGAAUGAAGGCGGCGAGAGACGAAAAGAGAUAUUGAGUGGGCUGAGAACGCUGCCAUUGCUCGUCACAAUCAUCAAUACGCAAGACCUUGCAGAUGUUGAUGGAAAGCUGCCGGAGAUUCUUGAAUCUUGGGAUAGCAGAAAAAAAGAAAGCGAAGAUGAGGAACUGCUUUUGAUACUGGAUGGUAUCGAAAGCGCAGGGCCCGAAGGUGUGACGCAUCUCGCAUCUAUAGCCAGCGCUAUUACUCCAAGGCCGCACGUUAGGCUGCUCGUCCUGGGGACAGACGGUGAUAGCCAAGACUGGACCCUGCCAAGCGGCUUCUCAAAGCUCGAGCUACUGCCGCUCCUGGCCAUUCAAAGACACGAGCUCGCUCGAAAGUUGUGUCUGGACACAACGUUUGGUUCUGGAAUCGCCGCUUCGAGACCAGCUAUAUUUGCCUUGUCCCUAGCAGCCGGACGUGUUGGGGAUACAAGCGAAUCAGCAUUGGAUGCUUGGCUAGGUCAUGGGUUUUCAUCGCCCGAGACGCGUCAAGUUCUUUUACAAACUGCGCGGGAGGAAUGGACAGAUCAGCGGUACAGUCAGCUCAAGCCCCUGGCAAGGACGACUCAAAAAUGGCCAUUCGUCUCGUGCGCCGCAGUUCAAGAACUCUUGGUGGCUGCGCAGCUACAAACGGCAACUUUGCACGAGAUACUGGACGUCUUUGGCCAAGAUGCUAAGUCGGCAAUGCCCAUUAUUCGAAGUCUCCUGCAUCGACUUGUAAAGGGAGAAAAGCAAGAGAGGUUCAUACUCGAACUUCUGAACCGGUAUGACUAUGAAAUUGACGGAGAGAUGGCUCAAUAUGCUGCACUGGUCGCUUGCGAGUUCAUAGACCCUAACAAUGUACCCCUUGUCACUCAAGUCACAGCUCGUCUACUAAAAGUGGUCAUGCUUGACACCCUUCCAGUAUCUUAUCGGGUUAAAGCCGGUCGAUAUCUCUCACUGUUUGGAGAUCCACGUGAUUUGACAGGCUUAGUUGAGAUCCCAGAAGGAACAAGUCUUUUCGGAUCAUCCAAUCAUCCGAAUUCCAGUCCUGUUCAUGAGCUUCAUCUUGGUUCAUUCAAAAUCGGCGCGUUUCCAGUUGUGAACCGCGACUAUGGAGUUUUUGUGCAGCAGACAGGUCGUCCUUGGCUGAGCCAAGAUGGCUAUGAUCCCUUUUUGCGGAACACACCGGCAACAGAUCUCACAUGGCAUGACGCCAGGGCAUACUGUCAAUGGCUCACUCCGAAAUGGAGGGAAAGGAGUAAAAUAAAACCCAACGAAACCGUACAACUACCUUCAGAGCCCCAGUGGGAGAGAGCAUCAAGAGGAGAUCAGCGCGAGUCACAGACAGGACAGAACAUCUAUCCAUGGGGCACCAACUUUGCAACGAGUCUAUCAAACUGCGAAGAACUAGCGCUGAACAAUAAAUGUGCCGUCGGUCUAUUUCCCCAGUCCUGCUCACCAUUUGGCUGCUACGACAUGACAGGCCAAGUAUGGGAAUGGUGCACAACAUUAUGGGGAACCGACAUGGCGACUCCAACGUUUGAAUACCCGUGGAAAAGCCCAGACGGUCGUGAGGAUCUCGAAGCAGACGAUGCAAUCCGGAGAGUUUUGCGAGGAGGGUGCUUUUCGAGUGGUCAAGCCAAGGCGACGUGCACUUAUCGCGGGAGUCUUGAGCCGACUGGGUUUUGGAGGGGCAAUGGGUUCCGUAUCGUAGUCGUUUCUGAGUAUGAUAGAUAGCGCUAGAGAAGAGAUAUGAGUCAGGUUGCGGUGUAAUAAUCGAUGGGUCUGAUGACACCAUCGCCUUGAUCCCCACCAACCUAGAAGGAUAAAUAGCCCGCA